AUUCGCCGCUGGAUGUUCGACGACCUCGACGCACCCAAAAACCGCGACUAAACCAACCCUCGUUUCGAUCACCGCUGAAUCCACCACCUUUUGCUCUCCUCCCAUCUCGAUUUCGCCAUUGUUUGGCCUCCCUCUAGAGGAAAGCGAUAGCGACAGCGAGCGGAACGGAUCUUGACGCGAAUGGCGUCGUCUUCUCGGCGGCUGAUGGCGAGGGCGGGGGGCCGGCCGUGCCCCCGCGUGUUCCUAAGCCGGAAAUCGUCCUCGCCCUACGCGCUCGCCCUCCUGAUGCUCCUGAUGCUCUCCCUCGUCGUCCUCCUCCUGCUCGCCCUCGGCAUUUUCUCCCUCCCCGUCAGCUCCGACUCCGGCCCCGAGUCCGAAGCCGACCUCCGCCACCACGCUAGGUCCCUCCGCGACGCGGAUGGUUUGGGGCAACGAGGGCAGCAGUGGACGGAGGUCAUCUCGUGGGAACCCCGAGCAUUUGUCUACCACAAUUUCCUGUCCAAGGAAGAAUGUGAGUAUCUUAUUGAGCUCGCGAAACCUCAUAUGCAGAAGUCAUCAGUUGUUGAUAGUACUACUGGUAAGAGUAAAGACAGCAGGGUCCGAACAAGCACAGGCAUGUUUCUUCCAAGGGGACAAGAUAAAAUAAUCAGGGUUAUUGAGAAAAGGAUAUCAGAUUAUACCUUUAUCCCAGUUGAAAAUGGGGAGGGGCUUCAAGUGCUGCAUUAUGAAGUUGGACAAAAAUACGAACCUCACUUUGACUAUUUCCUUGAUGAAUUUAACACUAUGAACGGAGGUCAGCGAAUGGCUACUCUUCUAAUGUAUCUUUCGGAUGUUGAAGAAGGUGGCGAGACAAUUUUUCCAAAUGCAAAAAUAAACAGCAGUUCAUUACCAUUGUACAAUGAGUUAUCAGAGUGUGGAAAGAAAGGCAUUUCUGUUAGACCAAAGAUGGGAGAUGCACUGCUCUUCUGGAGCAUGAAGCCUGAUGCCACUCUAGACCCAUUAAGUUUACAUGGUGGAUGCCCUGUGAUCAGGGGAAAUAAGUGGUCUUCUACAAAGUGGAUGCAUGUCCAUGAGUAUAAAGUUUAAUGUGCAGAGUAGCAAUUGGGUUGUGUGAAUUUCCCAUGUAUCGUUCUUAUAAUUUGUCAACUCCUAAUGGACCAAUUCAACAAAAAACUACUUUUUGGUAGUACUGAAAGUCAGUCAUCACUUAUGGAUCACAGAAUAAACAGCUUACUUAUGACUUACAAUCAACAUCCUAUCGGGUAUUUUUGUUAACUUAGUUGUGAUUUUCAUAGUUCAGUUGUAAAAUGGAUAUAUUUCGCUUGCCCAGAAAACAGUUUACAAUUGAGCUAUUUACUUCUUUCUAACAUAUAUUUGGGACUGAUAUUGUUCCGAGUGCCCAUUGCAUUGGCUUUGUUAAUAACUGUUUAACUUACAUCAUUCACAUUACAGGAACAGAUGUAGGUUGGCCAUUGUCUUCACAUGUAAUAUAAUAGACCUUAUGAAAGCAUUAUAACAGCCUUUGUGAUGA